GCGGUCGGGCCGGUAACAGCAAGGCUUCCGCGUCGACAGCCAGGCGUGGAAAGAAGGCGGUGGGUGGUGGUGGCGAGGCCUAAGGCGACAGGGAGGGGGAGGGUAGCCAGAACUUCUGGUCGGUGGAGCACAUGGUCGCCCUCAUCAGGGCGAAGCGGGACCAAGAUGUGCAACUGCAGAUGGCGGGCCACGCGUUCGCUCAGAUGAAAGGGAGGGAAUGGAAGUGGGCAGACGUUCGUGAGAGGUUGUUGAAAGUCGAUGUGGAUAGGCCGGCAGAAAAAUGCGGGAAGAAGUGGGAUAAUUUGAUGCAGCAGUUCAAGAAGGUACAUUGCUUCCAGGGAGAGUCUGGGAAGGAGGACUUCUUCCAGCUGUCGGCGAAGGAGAGGCUGGCGAGGGGGUUGAAUUUCAACAUGGAUCGGGCCGUCUACGAAGAGAUCAAGGCAUCGACCACAAGGAGUCAUACAAUGCACCUGCAGAAUGUCGCAGACACCGGCCGAGUAGGAGAUGUGCAACUUCCAUUCGGGUCUUCUGGCGGUCCUGAAUCUGUCAGCGAUGGGGAAUCCGAUGCGGGUGGCGAUGGCAACGACGAAGACGACAGCUCGACGAGGGGUUGUUCGCAGACCACGGGAAGCCCUGGCGGUGCACGGAAAAGGAAGAACAUGAGGCAACAGACUUUCGAAGCCCUCACCGAGUGUAUGGAGAAGCACGGAACGCUGAUGGCGUCGACCAUGGAGAGCGCUAGCAAGGGGCAGUGUUCCAUCCAAAUUCGGCAGUGCAAAGCUAUGGAAGCGGAGAUGGAGGUGCAGAAGAAACGCUACGUGGCAUCGGAUGAAGUGAGCAAGAUGAUGUGUCACGCGCUGAUGGAGAUAGUGAAGGCCAUACGAGAUCGCGCCGGCCAAGCGAAAAGGGGCAGGGACGUUCUUGAAAAUGUUAUGCCUGUCGUGGAGAAGAAGGGAAGGCAUCAAGCAAAGAAGCGUAAGGCUGUCGCUGGGGGGCCGUCCAAUGCCGGGAAAAAUGUAAGGGAGGAGUGGGUGAAUGACGGCGAGAGCACGAAAGAAGAUGACGCCAUCCAAUCGGGGGAAGAGGAGGCCGUCGCGCGGAAAGGGUCGUUGCGCACCCGGGGUGCUUUGAAGAUCAACGGCACGGGUGCCGCACAGGCUGCUCAUCAACCCCGAGGUGGGGGGGCGCGCGAGAGGGAGGAUGUCGUCAUCGACGUCGACGCCGGUGUUGCGCCGAGGGAGGUGCGUGGCAUGGCAAGCAUCACAGAGGUGCGCACGGCGGGGGCAUUGACGAGGACACGUACGACGACGCCACCGGAGGGCGAUCCGUCUGUUCGGGCCCCUUCGUCACCAGCGACGCCACGUCAGCAGCCCGUAAAGGACGACGGGGGGGGUUCGAACACGGUUGUUCAAGGGAGCGGUGUCGCACUUUUUCCAGCCUAACCACCUCGGGCGACCGGAAAGCCAACAGGCUGUUACGCAAGAUUUUGUAUGUGAUUGCAAUAAAUUAAAUAAAGCAAAUAAAGCAAA